AUGAAGCUCUGGAUUGCAGUCGCGGUCGCGCUGUCCCCGCUCGUCAGCGCGGCGAUUUUCCCGAAGGACUCACAUGUGAAGAUGCUGGAUGCGAAGGGGUUCAGGGAGGCAAUGAAGAAGAACGAAACGAGCCUGGUGGCGUUCGUCGCGCCGUGGUGCGGGCACUGUCAGCGCAUGGCGCCGGAGUACAGCAAGGCAGCGGUGGGCCUGCACCCACUCAUCCCAACGUACGCUGUCGACUGCGACGCGGACAAGAACAAGAAGUUGUGUGCGAACCAGGACGUGAAAGGCUUCCCGACCGUCAAGCUCUUCCCGCGGGGCAAGUCCCUCCCACCGAUGCUGUAUGAGCAAGAGCGUACAGCGAGCGGGUUCUACCACUUCGCGACGCGGCGCGUGCCCAAGGCGUUCACGAAGCUCUCGCAGGUCGGCGAGAUAGCCAGCUGGGUGGGGAAGCACGAGACCAAGCACCGCGCGCUCCUCCUGACGAAAGACAAGAAAGUGCCCCUCCUCUGGCAGGUCCUCGCUAACAAAUACUCCAACACCGCGCUCGAGUUCGGCACGCACCGGGACAAGAAGGGCACGUCCUCCGCUGCGAUGGGACUCGAGGCGGGGGGCAAGACCGAGUCCAAGGUCCUGCUCUACCCCGCCGGGUCGCCCACGCCCAUCCGGUACGACGGCCUCACGAAACUCGACUCGCUGUCCAAGUUCUUCGACUCUGUCUUGGAUGGGACGGCGGACUUGGAGGCACAGCUGGAGAGGGCGAAUAAGAAGGCGGAGAAGGCGGAGAAGGUGGAGGAGAAGGUGAAGGAGGAGAGCGAGGAGAAGGAGGCGAGUGAGGAAGAGAAGGAGGUCGCUGGCGAGGGGGAGGAGAAGGUUGAGACGACGAAGAAGGCAGUGGAGAAGAAGGAAGGGGAAUGCGUGGAGAGCUGUGAGGCACCUCCCCCGACGAUGGGUGUGCCCGACUCAGUGCCUGCGGAUGCGGAUGACCUUGAGAAGAUCCUGAAGGAUUCGGGGUUCGAUGAUGGGCAACCUGAGCCGGCGCCGGCAGCGGAGCAGAAGGAGAGACCAAAAGACGAGUUGUAA